AUGGAUAAGAACGUGGUACUAGAGAUAGAGCUAUUUCCUCAUAGAAUGAAGACAGCUGAAUUUGCAAAAUAUGGGCACCUCAUCUUGCCACUGGAGUUGAGAACAGUUCUAAGCAAAGUCUCGCGCUUUUGCAGAAAUAUGCCUGCAGAAAUGCGGGUUAAAUAUACAAAAGAUCAGCUAUCUCGAGCUCUUGAAGCCAUAAAUAAUGGAAUGUCUGUCUAUAAAGCAUCUAAAACUUUUAACGUGCCGAAAACAACUCUUAGAGAUAAACGUGAUGGAAAGUACAAAAUUGAAAAGUGUGGAGUUCAGCCGGUUCUUUCUAGAGACGAAGAAAGAACAAUUGUUGAAUGGAUUGUCCAUCUAGCAGCUCUAGGUUUUCCAGUCACGAAGUCACAGUUACUAGAAAGUGUUUCAAACCUGGUGAAAAAUUUACAACGUCCAAAUCCAUUUAAGGAUGGUAAGCCUGGAAACCAUUGGUUUCAAAAGUUUAUGGACCGUCAUCCUGAAAUUUCCAAACGUGUAUCGCAAAACAUAACUACAAGUAGAAGUGCAGUUGCUGAAUUGGCUAUUAAAAACUGGUUCAGAAAAGUCGAAGAAUAUUUUAGAAGCCAAAAUAUUAUGGAUAUUCUUGAGGAUGGCUCCAGAGUUUUUAACUGUGAUGAGUCUGCUUUCUUUUUGUGUCCAAAAGAAAAGCAAGUUCUCGUUAGAAGAGGAACCAAGCUUGUUUAUAACCGGGUAGCAAACGACGAAAAAGAAUGUCUAACUGUUCUUGCAAAUGUGUCUGCUGAUGGCUCACCAGCUCCUCCUAUGGUAAUAUUCCCCUACAAAAGAUUACCAAAAUUUAUACCGUAG